GCAACUAUCCGGCUCUUUUGCCAUUAUCGGGUGCAGCCGAUAAGUGGUCUCAGACGUCUUAACGUUAUCUCUUAUCAACAAGCUCCGCUCCAGAAAAAAGUUGGGAGCGCUGAAGUCUCUCGAAGAACAAGCGACGGAAGCGUCCUCUUAAUUACAUCCAGCGCAAUUGCCUUCCGCAUCUACCCUCAGUUUCAACUCGACGCCAGACUGUAUAUCACUCGACCCUCAGCCCGAAUAUGGCGCCUCUCACGAGACGCAAGGCCGCGCAGAGCAGCCCCCAAGUUUCCGAGACUGCCCCGCCAAAAUCGCCGGCACCGAAAGUGAAGCGCAAGGUCACAGUAGAAGAGACAUUCGGCCAGCUGAAAAGCCCCGACGCAGAAGAGACCACACCCAAGCGGCAAAGGCUCGCCGUGCGUGUGCGCGACGAAGAUGGCACGACGACCACCAAGAUCAAGCGAACCACGAGGGCCGAGCCGUCAUCAGCCCUCAAGUCGAAACGAAGCCGCGAGGCCCUCAUAGCGGAUUCCGCCGAAGAGAGUGAGGAUGCAGAGCCCACGCCCGGCGCCGUGACGAAGCAGCUCGAGGAGGAUGCACGACAGCAAUUGAACCACGAGCUCGAUGCCGCGGCACCCAAGAGCAAGCGUAUCGUCUUUGGGGACGAUGACGACGUGGAGAAAUACGUGGCAGCAGCUGCAAAGGAGGCCAAGAAGGCACAGCCGACUGCAGUCCAAGAGCCGGAAGAUAGUGACGACGACGACGAGGCCCCUGAGGCCGUCACCACCUCCGCAGCCGCGAAGGAGUCCAAGAAGGCAGCACAAGCUGCCACAGACGCCGCAGAGAAGCAAGCAGCGACAGUGAAGAGGAAGCGUCAAGAGCGAGAUAACAUGAUGAAGCAACAAGCUCAGAAGAGACAACGUGCAGCAAAGCCCAAGAAAACCAGCAAAGCUGAGACCGAAGACGAGGAAGAUUCCGAGCCUGAAGUUGAGAGGGCGACCACCGGCCGUAGGAGAGCCGACAAGUUCAAUUUGCCCAGCGUCCUGCCAGCAGAGUUUCUUACAGAUUCCGAGGAGGAAAGCGAAGACGACCGUGAUUUGAGAGUGGCGAAGCCGAAGAAGAUCAAAUUCGACGAUGCAUUGCAAACACUCUCCCAGCAAGGAAGGGCACCCCGGGAUGAGAUUGUUGGCUCCACCGCCUACAGGGUCAUGGUCGACCAGAGCGACCAGAAGUUAGCACCAAAGGCGAAUCAUAACUCGAAGGCUGUGAAAGAGAUGCUCAUGCACCGUAGGCGGGUCGGAGCGGCCCCGAACAAGGCCAAAGGGUUCUUCAAGCGGACGUAAUUAGCGUCGAAACCUACAUUAAUACAAUUGCUUUCAUGUAGGACAUGUGACGGUUAUCA